UUGAUCCCAUGACCUUUAUUUGACUUCGUUGAGAAUUACUAGUGUAUACCCUCUUCCUUAAGCUUUCUCAGCCUCUCUCUCUAUAUAUAUAUGUGUGUCUGUUUCAUUCAAUGCUCUGUCACUCUGCUUUCACUCUCUCGCUAAGCUAAGAUCUGGUUUUUGCGUGUGUGCUGUGGUUUUCUGUGUGCGGGUUUUUGUAACGUACGGAUAUGGAGACGGCGAGAGAACAUAUAGAGGAGAUACGUAGAAAAAAGUUUUCUAUUGGAGGGGAAGAGAACCCAUUGACGGAAGAUCUUCACCAGGCCGUGAAGAACCUCUCUGCUGAACUUUAUGCCAAGGAUGUCCACUUCCUCAUGGAACUCAUUCAGAAUGCGGAAGACAAUACUUACUUGGAGGAUGUGGAUCCGUCGCUUGAGUUCAUCAUAACUUCUCAGGACAUCACGGCCACGGGAGCUCCAGCGACGUUGCUGAUUUUCAACAAUGAAAAAGGUUUCUCUUCCAAAAAUAUAGACUCCAUUUGCAGUGUUGGUCGCUCCACCAAGAAAGGCAACAGGAAACGCGGUUAUAUUGGAGAGAAAGGUAUUGGAUUCAAGAGUGUCUUUCUGGUUACUGCUCAGCCAUACAUAUUCAGCAAUGGAUAUCAGAUUCGGUUCAACGAAGAGCCUUGCCCACAUUGCAAGCUUGGGUACAUUGUGCCUGAAUGGGUGGAGGAGAACCCAACUCUUUCCGACAUAAAGCAAAUAUAUGGUUCUGGAAAUACUUUUCCAACGACAACAAUAGUCCUACCUCUGAAGCCGGAUAAGGUCGAACCUGUGAAGGACGAGCUCUCUAGCAUUCAUCCUGAAGUUCUGUUGUUCCUCGCAAAGAUAAAGCGGUUUUCGCUCAGGGAACAUAAUAAGGAUGGUAGACUCAGUACCGUCAGUGCAAUAGCUGUUACGAGUGAGACAGACUUUGUGACGAAGAAGAGCAUUAAUGCUGAAUCCUACACACUCCAUCUCUCAACCGAUGAAAAGAAGGAUGAGGGUUCCGUCAAAGAAUGCAGUUACUACAUGUGGAAGCAAAAGUUUCCUGUCAAGUACGAAAACAAAGUGGAAAGGAGAAUGGAAGUAGACGAGUUGGUGAUUACGUUGGCUUUUCCAUUUGAAGAGCGUCUCCUGAGAGGGAUUGGCUCACCUGGGGUCUAUGCAUUUCUUCCCACAGAGAUGGUCACUAACUUUCCCUUCAUAAUCCAGGCAGAUUUUCUUCUUGCAUCAUCAAGGGAAACUAUCCUCUUGGACAACAAGUGGAACAAAGGGAUACUUGAUUGUGUGCCCUCUGCUUUUAUAAAUGCUUUGGUCUCGCUAAUCAAAGCCUCAGAAAAUGCUCCAGUAUCUAGUUUGGCUCCCAUGUUCAAGUUCAUUCCAGUCAACAGCUCUUCUUACAAGGAGCUGAAUAUCGUCAGGGAGUCGAUCAAAGCAAAGCUUGUCGAAGAAAAUAUUGUUCCAAGUGAGUCGUACACAACGCAGAAAUUUUUUCAUAAACCUCGCGAAGUUGGUAGGCUUGUGCCUGCUUUCUGGAACAUAUUAGAGAAGGCAAAGAAUCAAGGGGUGAGCUUGCUUGAUCUCUCAUCUCAUGGAAGUUAUAUUUUGAGUUCUGCAUUUGAUAGAAAUGAGUAUGAUCACAUAUUGAGUUUCUUAGGAGUGGAGCCAGUCAACGACAACUGGUAUGUCAAGUGUAUCGGGAGUUCUAAUCUCGUUGCAGGAGUGUCAGAAGAACUGUAUAUGGAGAUUUUACUAUUUGUUGCUGAUAAUUGGAAGUCUAAAUUCGGCAACACCAACAUCAGGAACAUACCACUAAUAAAAUAUGUGGGUCCUGAUGGGCAUGUGUCUUUGUGCAGCAUAAAUGAAUGCACACCUGGGAAGUGGCAGAAGGUUGUCUCUUUAUCGCAACAGAAUCAUCUGGCGUCAUGGCUGAUUGAUUGGAACAGGGAAUUCAGAUGUGUGGGUAGUCGUUUUUUUAUGCCAAAAAGCACGCAAGAAGCUAUCUUUUCCUCUUUGGCGGUGAGGGAGUGGCUUCAAGCUCAUGUGAAGAUUAGUGUUGUGAAAGUGUAUGACUAUGCAGUUCACCUAAAUUAUUAUCUCAAAGAAGACCGGAAGCUUGCUAUUGCUUUUGUUCACUUCUUAUAUCACUCUUUCUCGAAGAAUCAUCUUUCAAAAUGGGAGGUGGAUAACUUGUGUCGAUCUAUGCCGCUCGUAGAUAACUAUGGGAAUCUAACCACCCAAAGGAAAGGGGUUCUUGUCCCUGCUAAUGGAAGCAAAUGGGUGGGAUUGGUUGGUUCGAAUCCAUGGAGAGGUGAAGGCUAUGUUGAGUUAGGACAAGACUACUUGCAUCCAGGUCGUUUUGCAGGUGAAUUUACUUCUGGAGAACAGCUCUUAGAGUUCCUUAAAACUCAUGUUGCAGCUUCUGACAUCCCUUAUAUAUCUCCUCCCAAUUCUGCAAUUCCUGCUGUUUCUGCUCCACUUACCAAUGAAAAUGCAUUCCUGUUGUUGGAUUGGAUUCGAAACCUGAAACAGACUCGAACUUGCAUUCCAGAGAAGUUCUUGAAAUGCAUAAAGGAAGGUAGCUGGCUGAAAAUUACUGCCAAUGGUUAUUCUGGUUACAGGCCACCAUCUGAGUCAUUUGUGUUUUCCUCUUCAUUGGGAAACAUUUUGCAGAAUGGAUCAGUGCUCGUUGAUAUUCCAUUGAUUGAUCAAAGUUUUUAUGGAGAUAGAAUUAAUGAGUAUAAUGAAGAGCUGAAGACAAUUGGAGUCAUGUUUCGGUACGGGGAAGCAUGUAAAUUUAUUGGGAAGCAUCUUAUGUCUCUUACAACUUCCUCGACUUUAACUAGAGGCCUUGUGCUUUCUGUCCUUAAUUUCAUCAGAUUCUUGAGGGAAAAUUCUCUUCCUUUGGACGAAUUCGUCAACAGUAUCAAAGACAUAAAAUGGCUAAGGACAUCCUGUGGUGACAGAUCUCCAGUUGGAUCUGUAUUGUAUGACGGAGAAUGGAGAAUUGCAUCUCAAAUCAGUGCCAUCCCCUUCAUUGAUAUACAUUACUAUGGGGAUGAAAUCCUAGCUUUUAAGGAGGAGCUAAAGUCGCUUGGUGUGUUAAUUGGAUUCUGUAAAAGUUACAACCUUGUUGUAGACAACUUGAGGUCAUCUUCACGCUUGACUUCGCUGACAGCUGAGGCAGUUCUUUUGAUCCUGGAAUGUAUACGUCAUUCCAGACCAUCCAACAAAUUCAUGGAGGCAUUGAAUGGUGUGAAAUGCUUCAAGACAAACAUCGGUUACAGUUCUCCAGGAGAAUGUUUCUUGUUUGACCCUCAAUGGGGUUGCAUCCUACAGGUUUUCAGAGGUUUCCCAUUGAUUGAUGAAAGUUUUUAUGGAAGCAGCAUCUCGUCUUACAGAAACGAGUUGAAGAAAACAGGGGUGAAGGUGGAUUUUGAGAAUGCGGUCCAAGUAUUUGUUCACUGUUUCAGGCAGCACGCGUCUUCCAUGACAAAAGAAACUCUUGUGUCUUUCCUGUCAUGUUAUAGACAGCUAAAGCACACUCCUUUUGAGUUUCCUUCAUAUCUUAUGAAAUGCAUCCGUGAGGAGAAGUGGUUGCGAACUCGGCUUGGUGUUUAUAGAUCUCCAAGUAAUUGCAUUUUGUUUGGGCCAGAUUGGCAAUCAAUUUCUCCAAUUACUCUCCUCCCUUUCAUAGAUGAUAGUGACAACUAUUAUGGCAAGGUCAUUCAUGAAUACAUGGAAGAGCUGAAGAUGAUGGGUGUGGUUGUUGAUAUCAAAGAUGGUGUGAAGAUGGUAGCUGCUGGUCUUUAUUUUCCCCAGGAUCACUCUUGCGUAACUCCUGGAAAUGUGUUUAAACUGCUGGAAUGCAUCCGCAUUUUACUCCAGGAUAGGAAUUAUUCAUUUCCGGUCCAUUUCUGGGAAGAAGUUUCUCAAAACUGGUUGAAGACCCAUGUUGGUUAUAGGCCUCCAGCCCAGUGCUUAUUGUUCAAUUCCCGUUGGGGCUCUUAUCUGAAGCAUACAGAUGGAUCUUUUAUUGAUGAAGGUUUUUAUGGUUCUGGUAUUACAUCCUACAAAGAAGAGCUCCGAGCAAUUGGGGUUACUGUUGAUGUGGAAAAAGGAUGCCCGUUGAUUUCCAGCCACCUUGAUUUCCAUCUUGAUCAAUUUUCCACUAUAGUUCGCAUAUACAACUACUUGAGCGAGUUUAAUUGGAAGCCAGACAGUGAAGCUACCAAAAGGAUUUGGAUUCCAAAUGAAAGGCAGAUUGGAAAGUGGGUCAGCCCCAUAGAAUGCGUUUUGCAUGACGAGGAUGGUCUCUUCAAUUUGCAGCUUCAGGUUUUAGAGAAACACUAUGAGCAAAAGUUACUUAGCUUUUUCUCCAAUGCUUUCCAUGUUAGACACAAUCCUUCUGUUGAUGAUUACUGCAAGCUUUGGAAGGUUUGGGAAAGUUCAGGACAACCAUUGUCUCAUGCUGACUGUUGUAAGUUCUGGGUGUAUGUUUCGAAGAACUGGAGUCAAAAAACUGAGGAAACUCUGACUGGUAGCUUGGUGAAAUUACCUGUUGGUUCAGGCUCAGACAGAAUUUUGCUGUCCAACAAGUUUGAUGUUUUCAUUGCUGACGAUCUUCAACUGAAGGAUCUUUUUGAACAGUUUUGUCCUCAACCUAUAUUUGUAUGGUACCCUCGGGAAAGCUUGCCUUCUUUACCUCGGAGAAAAUUGCUUGAAACUUACAGGAAAAUUGGGGUUCGCACAAUAUCUGAAUCAGUGCAAAAGGAAGAAUCAGUGGAUGUUGCUCAUCUUAACCAAGUGAACCCAAAGGAGACAGUGCUUAAAAAAGGGCUGGUGAGACUCAUCCUUGGUUUUCUAGCAGAUCCUACAAGGGAAAUCGAAAUGGAAACGAGGCAUGAGGCUAUCAAAAGGCUUCUGAAUAUUACUUUCCUUGAGACAGUUGAACCCAUUACUGUAAACUAUAGUUUAUUUCUUUCUUCUGGGGAAAUUGUGAAAGCAAAAUCUAGGCGAGUAAUGCUUUGGUACAGAGAGACUUCAAAGUUUGUAGCACAGAAGCUGGACAGGUCUGGUGGAUACAAGAACAUCAUCGAAUAUGCUACAUAUUUUUCUGAAGCAAUAUCUGAGGUUUUGUUAUGGGAGAACAGCAAUUAUAUUGGUGCACUCGCUGAGCUGAUCAAGUUGGGCUUCAUGAUGGAAUUUAAUGAAGAAGCAGUUGGGUUUUUAAUAAAGUCCAAGAAUUUGCAGAUUUUCAUGGAGGAUUUCAACGCCCUCUGCCUUCCCACUUCUGAGUCUGGUGUGCAGAUUGAUGAUGUGGCGGAGCUCGAGUGGCUUUCACAGUUUGUAGAGGACUCCCCCGAAUCUCCCGCGACUGGAGGAUCCAGUCCGCCUGUCUAAGAGAACGCCGGCGCAAGAGAUGAAGAGUUGCAGAGGCGUUAGCACUCUGAUCAUGUUAUUAAGUUUAUCAAAUUUUCCUAUUUUAAUUUCCUUUUGGUUUUCUAAGAGAAGAGUCAUUUUGCUUUAAUUAUAUUUUCUUUUCUUUUUAUA